AUGAAGGAGAUGGAUCAGAAUCGUGCUAUCCAACUUUUCAACAGAUAUGCAUUUGAGAGCAAUGCUCCUCCAUGUGAAUAUGAUAAAAUAACAAGAGAAAUUGUGAAAAUCACUGGUGGACUUCCACUGUCUCUUGUGGUCAUCGGAUCCUCACUUUACUUGGAAAGUGAAGAAGUAUGCGAUGAUGUAUUAGCCAAGCUAAAGAAAAAGCCUCACAAAGAAGUUCAGGAGGUAUUGAAGGGAAAAUGCAGGUUAAGAGCUCUACAUCUCAUGAGUUGUAAAAGGUUGAUCAAGACACCUAACUUCUCUACAUCCUUUACUUUGGAGAGACUCGUCAUCAAGAAUUGUCAUAGGUUGGUUGAAAUUGACCCAUCCAUUACUAUGCUGCAGCAUUUGAAGCACUUGGAAAUUAAGGGGUGUAUUCUUUUGUGGGUGCUUAAGGGAGCUCCAACCACGCUCAACCUAGACAUGGGACGUCAAUCAUGGCUAGACUCAUUAGGUAAUCUAAAGCGUCUAUCAACACUAAGGAUGGAAAAUCUUGCACUCCUUCAACUUCCGGAUUCAAUUGGAGAGAUACCUGGUCUUCAAGUGUUGUCUUUAUGUAAUUCAUUUGUAAAGAAACUUCCAAAGUCAAUUAGGAAAUUGAAAAAUCUAGUCAAGUUGAUUAUAUUGUCCACAAACAUUAUUGAGCUGAUUGAUUCAAUCGGAGAGCUUAAGAGAUUGGAGAUUCGAGACAUGGAAGGAUGUAAAUUAAGAAAGCUUCCUAAGACGAUAGGGAUGUUGAAGAAGCUUGAAGAAUUAGAUUCUUCAAUUUGCAUAUUUUUGGAGGGAGAAAUUCCAAUGGAAAUUGGGGAGCUAUCAUCUUUGAAAGAGCAAAAUUUAUCAGGAACCCAUAUUUAUGAGGUGCCACCAAGUAUUAGUCGGCUUUCUCAACUUACGAGAUUGACUAUGGGUGGUUGUGAGGAGCUUUGA